AUGGCUUGUAAUUCCUCUGGUUGUGGUGAGUCUGGUUGCUAUGAAAAUGGAAGCAAGAUAAAGGAAGAUGCAGUAAAUGGUUGUGUUAGUAAGGAGAGUGUUUGUGUUAAGUGUAAAUGUAAUGAGCCUAUGACAUUUGAGGACGGUGGCUCGGACGAUGGAAGAUUCUGUGCUGAGUGUUUUAGAAACAAUGUCUAUGGGAAGUUUCGUCUCGCUGUUACUUCUCACGCUAUGAUUACUCCUUCGGAUAAUGUUCUUGUUGCUUUCUCUGGUGGAUCAUCUUCCAGGGUUGCUCUUCAGUUUGUGCACGAGUUACAAAUCAAAGCUUUGAAGAAUUAUGAAGCGAGUAGAGAUCGAUCUUUACCUGUGUUUGGUGUUGGUGUUGCGUUUGUGGAUGAAAGUGCGGCUUAUCCUGCUCUUUCCACUGAAAUGGUUGAUGCGAUUGAGUGGAUUCGAUCUACUGUGUCGAGUUUGUGUCCACCUGCAAAGGAUCUUCAUGUUGUUCCAAUCGAAAGCGUCUUUGGUUCAGACACUCUUGAAGCACGGGAUAGGCUUGUAAAGCUAUUGGAUUCUGUUACUGACGAGACUGGAAAAGAAGACCUUGUACUGCAUCUGAAAAUGUUGUCGUUGCAGAAGGCUGCCUCUGAGAAUGGGUACAACAGAUUAGUGGUAGGAUCAUGCACGUCGAGACUCGCUUCCCACGUUCUUACGGCUACUGUCAAGGGGCGAGGUUAUUCACUAUCAGCAGAUAUUCAGCACGUUGAUGCGAGAUGGAAGGUCCCCAUUGUGCUUCCACUUCGAGAUUGUGUUUGGCUGGAAAUAAAUAGACUCUGCCGUUUGGAUGGUCUAAAGACUCUGGAUUUGGCUCGUCGUCCUCAAUCCGGUAUCAAUGAUUUGGUGUCUUCAUUUGUCGCUUUGUUGCAGGAAGAGAAUCCUUCUCGAGAGUGCACAAUUGUACGGACAGCUGCAAAGCUUACUCCAUUUUACUUCAAUAAGAUUCUCGAGACGGACGACUCUAAUGUUCCUUUGGCAACUCAAAGGCGUCUAAAGAAAUUCAAUCUCAAAUACGACGGUUCUAUGACUACAGAAGCAUUCUGUCCUAUCUGCAAUGGCCCGCUAAAUAGAUCAGAUUUGAGCACUUUUGAAGGUUGCCAUGAAUCUGACGUCCUUUACGCCGCUUGCUGUUCAAGUUGCCGGUUUCAAAUACUCCCACAAGAUCGAUCAUCUCUUGAGCAUUUCGGUUUAUUUCUACCACAUCAAAUGAUCUCCCAAGUGAAGCAUCAAAAGGUUAACAACAGUCAAGCUUCUCUGAGGGAGAAAAUUAAAGACUGUUUGAUAUUGGACAAUGAUGAAGAAGCUGUCUAA